ACCAAUUAACCUGCCAACUCGUCAACCUGGACACAGAACAUCACAACCAUGCUCUUCUCAAUUUUUCUAGCCCUUUUCCUACCUUGUGCGGGAAUGAGCGCGAUAUUUCUCGUCUACAUUUCCUUGCUCUGCUACGCGGCCCGUCGUCACAACCAACAAACCAAUGAAACAGUAAAACCCGUGACUGAAACCGGUUUGUCUAAUGCCGAACUCGAAAAACUACCUUCUACGACAGGAAAAGAUCUUGUUUUGGGUAACGAAUGUGCGGUUUGUUUGGACGAUAUUGAGCCCGAACAACUUGCUAGAAUGUUUCCAGGAUGUAACCAUGGGUUUCAUUUACAUUGUGCGGAUACAUGGCUAGCCAAAAACCCGGUUUGUCCUGUUUGUCGAAAUAAGCUCGAUUCGGAUUUCUUUGUUGCAUCCGAAACAAACCCGUGUUGAACGAAAAAAUUAUCGGAUUUUUAUCUUUUCAUUUAUAUGUGACUAGCUAGCUAUGUCACAUUUCUUUACAAAAUUUUGAUAGAUAGUAAGUUAGUAACAUCUUUUUUAAUAGAAUGUAGUGACUAUGAUUUGUUAUUUGAUUAAAUUGAAUUAUGUUGAAAAUU